CAGGUGAUCUGCUCACGUGACCGUUCAUUGACAGGCAAAAAGCAGCGAACACAACACGGCGACUAAAGCUAAGCUAAGGGAAAGAGUCCCAGAAAUUGUUCGGUUAAAACUACAUAAAGGCAUGAGUCGAGAAGGCACCAGUGUCCUACUUGGCCUUAGGGAAAGCUGACCUCUCUUAGCCUUCUCCCCUGCCCUGCCCAAUCCACAAUGGAGACAGCGUCCAAGUACCCCUUCGGCUGCGAGGCCGAAACCUCACUGCGGGACCUCUUCGAUUACUUCAAGCGGUGCCUGAGGUGUGGCGAGUGGGAGUUGGCCAGCGCCUGCGUGCCGCAGCUGGUUGCAUCUACGGGGAUCAUCUCAGAGAAAGUGCGGGAGAUUAUCAAGGCGGCCGUGUGCCAUCCUUAUCGUUUCAAAUGGGAUUCUGUGGGCAGUCCACACAAGUUGGCUUGGUUUUGGCUGCAGGUUUUGGAGCAACGCACUGAAGAGCGGGUCUCUCCCAGUGUCAGAAACGAGCUAGAGUUCCUGCUGCUGCUGGAACAUCUGUGGUCCGAGGGUAUCGAAGAGGUUCUUCUGCAGCAGGUGCACGAGGCGUUUGCGGGCAGAAACGUUUCAAGUUCAGCGCAUGCCGCCGUUGAGCGUUGUCUGCAUACGUUACUGGAGAAGAAGAGGCCCCGGCUCGCGCAGUCGCUGACAUAUUUCAUGCAGCUACAGUCGGGCAUGGACGACGCAUCCCUUCAGAACAUCUUCAUCUUCCACUUGCUGACCAAAUUGGGGAAGCCUGAAAUGAAUCCCGAGCGGCGGGACGAGUGGGUGGAAGAGAUCUACGCUGUUUUAGCUGUGAUGCCGUGCAGUCCAGGUGGAGGUAGCGGCCAGUUAGAGGCGCUUUGUGAGACGCUGUGGGCAUCCAGAGGGUGGACCCUGAAGGAGGAGAGGGUCCUGAGCUCGCUGCUCCGGCCGCGAUCCGACGCGCUCGUCUCGGCGUACUGCUCUGCCGCGCUGAGGCUGCAGCGGGAUCGUCUGCUGAGGAGUGCGCCUGACACGCAAGCGCACCUGCCCGAGUCAGAGAAGCUGGCCCUCAGUCUGUGUUGCCACGGCGAUCGUCCGUCCGCGUGGCAGAUGAUCUACUUUGAGUGCCUCAGCAGCGGGAAACAUUUCCUGGAGUUGGUCUUGGCGACGGCGCUGGACUUGAUCAAACACGAGGAGUUUUCUCAGCUAAGGGACAUGUUACACUCCGAGUUCCAGCCUUUGUGUCGCCUGCUGCUGUUGCUGGGAUGGACGCAGUGUAGUAGUCUGAGCUCAGCUCACAGGCUGCUCGAUGUCCUCCAUCACCAGCAGAGGUCAGCUAAUGACUCAGUCCUGCAGGACUUUGCCAAUCUUUUGUCCUCGCAGCUUGGCAUACUGGAGUGGUGUAAAAACAACAACCCAGGUGUUCCCACGGAGGCGUUGCUGGCUCAGCUGCACAGUCUGGACAAUCACUCGGCCCUCUACAUUCUGCACUCUUUGACUCCGCUGGCUCACUUUGAAGAACGCCGCAUUCUCGAUCUGCUCCAGCAAACGCCAAAUCCAGCAGGAAACGACACCGAGGCCGUUUUGAGUCCUGCGGCGCAGAGGAGCGUCAUUCUGUUCCGCGGCUUCUGCGCCAUGAAGUACGCUAUCUACGCUCUGUGCGUCAAUGCGCACAAGAGCUCAGGAUGCGGCCAGUGUCAAGCCAAGAGCCAAAGAGCGGCUUGGGAGGGGACGGACCCGAGCCUCGCAACCACUUCAUUGGGAGAUUGCCAGUCACUGUUCCAGCACUACCUGUCCGAGUGCCAACUGUACUUGGAGGCCGUGCCCGCCCUGUUCCGCCUGGAGCUGCUGGAGAACAUCUUCUCACUGCUCUUCCUCUCCAGCGCCGACUUCGCUCCGCAAAGUCCUAAAGAUGUGACCGUAACAAACCCGGCAUCCUCUUCGUUGGAGGGGAUCGAGACUCAGACCGAGGAGGACCGCACCAGUGCCCCUCCCGCUGAACCGGAUCUGGCCCACCUGAUCCGGGGCUGCAACGGCUUCUUGGUGGAUGUGGCGGCCAUGGAGGGUUUCCUGAAGUUGCUCAAAGAGGGCCUGGAGGGCAUGUGUGUGGUGGGCCAGAAGGAGGGACUGGAGACGGGACGAGCGCUCCCCAGGGAGGCGGAGGUGGCGGAGAGCGUGGGCUGCUCCGUGGCCGCCGGGACCUUUGGCGCCCGCCUGCAGAGGUUGUCCAAGCGUACGGCCGAGGCGCAGUGGAGACUGCAGAUCGUCGCAAGCAAUCAGAGCGGCGGAAGCAAAGUGGUAGAUUGUUCAGACGCGGCGUCCGGUCCCCACAGCUUGCUGAUCCCCGCCAUGUUGUCUCCUCCGGAGUCUCUGCUCGUGUCCUGCAUCCGGCGCGGUAACUUCAUGGAGGCCCAUCAGGUGUCUCUGGUUUUUGACCUCGAGGCGUCAAGUUCCUGCGGCGAACUGGCCUUCAUGGAAUGCUACAAGGAAGUGCUGGUGGAGCUGGUCCGGGUGGAGCAGAAGAUGGAGACCCAGUCCAUGUCAUCAUCCUCCUCGUCUUCAGAGGGCUUAGUCUCGGGCUCGGCUAGCUCGGCGGCCGGCGCGGCACGCAGCCGGCUUGGCAGCAGCGGACGCUCCACUCUCCAGGCCAUCGGAAGCGCUGCAGCCGCAGGCGUGGCAUUCUACUCAAUUUCCGACAUAGCCAAUCGCCUCCUCAGCACGCCCUCCCACCCUCUCCCGACUCUGCAGGAUGGCUACUGGACCAGCGGGUGCUCGGCUGAGGCAUCCGGAUGGGUGGGCGUGCUCCUGGAGCAGCUCAGUCCACCCGCCAUGGCCGCCUUUGACCUGGCGUGCUGCCACUGCCAGCUUUGGAAGACAUCUCGGCAACUGCUGGACACUGCUGAGCGUCGCCUCAGCAGCAGUCUGGAGGCUCGUGGUGUGCAAGUAGACCCCCGAGAGCCUCGUCUCGAGAACAUCUGUGGAUUUCCUCUGGUCCUACAGCAGAUCAGCAAGAUUCUGAAUCACCCAACAACCAGUAAGAGCUCAGUCAAAAUUUUGGAGGGUGCCGCAGGGGAGGAGCAAGUGUGCGCCACUCCGUUUGGCUGCUGCAUCCAGGAAGUACUGCUGUGUUGCCACACGACGCUGAGUGAGGAGUGCAUCUCCGCUCAACUUGCUCUGAUGCAAUGCUUGGAAAGCACCUUGCACGUCCUCGGCUCUGCAACCAAAGUAGUGGAGGGCGUCGCGUCGUCGUCAAGCUCCCUCAUGGCGCUGCUGUCGGAGCAGGCCAGCCUGAAGGCGUCCGAGCUGGACACUCACCCGACGCGUUGCGGCAUGAAGCAGCUGCUCCGCUCCCUCGACCAGUUGUGCCCCUUCGAGCCCGACGGAGAUCUGGCCAGGCCCGACUUUGUGCGCAGGUUUCUGCACUACGUCGACUCGCUGGCGGCCGUGCUGGUGCGCAGCCUCGGCUCAGAAGACCAGACAAGUGAGGUGAAGCUGGGGAAUCCGUUGCUGGUGUUGCUUCAAGCUCCAUCGCAGCUUCUCUCCUACCUGCUGUUUGAACGCCAGGUGUCUCCUGACAGGCUGCUGUCGCUGCUGCGGGAGGCGGGGCUUGGCCUCAGCAUCCAGCAGGUGAUAAUCCAGCGAUGCUGCAAGGUCCUGCAUGUGGGGACAACGUUCCCAGAGCCGGACCGGGAUUCCAUUCAGGCUCGAAAAGACAAUGCUCUUUUCAGUGUGUCUGCUUUGACUUUGUUGCUCCAACACCACGCCGGGGAGCAUGCGUCCAUGCUCGGCAUGGCCGAGCUUCCGUCCGACGCCAGCUCUGAGUCCAUAUCUUCGGAGGAUGCCUCCACCACCAGCUCCACCUCCUCCGCCAACCUCUCCGCCUCACCAGCCACGUCCCCGCCGUCAUUUUUACUCACGCCAUCCGCUCUGGCGUUCCUCAAAUCUCGCUCAUCCUUGGUGGCAGCUCUGGUGUGUCUGUGUGCAUCCAAAGGAGAGGGCCCCCGCUCUCAGCCCACGGGCUGGUCGGGAUACUUCCGCAGUGGCCGCAAAGAGCCGCUGCUUGAUGGCGAGCAGAUUUCCCGUGAGGCGGACGCGCUCCUCCAGGCCUUCCCCGUACUCCGAGCGUACCUGCGCACCAUGGCCGAACCUUUACUCGGCCCCUCCUUUUCUGACGACGAGGGCCUCGGCGCAUGGGUGUGCGGAAAGCCACUGGUCGGGCUCCUGCUGGCCGGGCCUCGGGAGGAAGCCGCCCGAGGGGUCGCCGCCGACGCCUUCCAGCAGGCUCUGGCCUCCAAGGAUGUGGACCGAGCUCUCCGGCUGCUGGAGCUUUACGGGCCUGAUUGGGGUCAACAGGGGGAGCUGAGGGACCGCCUGCUUGCCUGGGCUGCCUUAGAGGGCGACAAGGAAGGUGUGGGCCGCCUCUUCCGAGUGCAGGACGCCAAUCUGCGCGCCCGUGUGGCCCUGCAGGCCAUGGGGCGCUGGCCCCUCUCGGCCUGUACAGAGCUUCUGGACUUCUGCCUGGACAAUGACGAUGAUACGGAGGCCUCACUGAGAGACGACCUACUGCGGAAAAAGAAAGAACUGGACAUCUACGGCCGGAUGUUAGCCUUACACCCGCCGUUGCCGUGGGUUACCUGGCAGGAGCUGAGGGCUGAGUCAAAGGCUAACUCUGAAUCCAUGCUGGCCCGGAUGCUGGAGGCCAAGGAGUUUUCACUCUGUGCCCAGUGGGCCAAGCUUUAUCCCGUGAGCGAGCAAUCGAGACUGCAGCUGCAGACAGAGCAUCUGCUGCACCUGCUGGACAAGGAACAGACUGAUGAAGCCUUCCAGCUUCUUGAGGGUCUGGCGUGCGGCCUGGAAGUAUGCGAGCGCGCCUUGGACCGCCGCCCCGGCUUAUCCGCCUGCCACUUUUUGGCCGACUACAUGACGCUGCACUUCCAAAGCCAAGUGUCCCCAGCGCGUCGACGACACAUCCACACCCUCAACUUGGGCUCCAAAGUGUUGUUGGCUCUGCCGCCGCCCGCCCGCCAGAACUACUUCCCCCUGCUGUCGGAGCCCCUGCUGAUGUUGGAGCAGAUGCUCAUGAACCUGAAGGUGGACUGGGCCGACGCGACGGUGCGCACCCUGAGGAACCUGCUGGCCGGCCAAGAGGCGGGCUUCGGGCCGGAAGACGUCGACAGGCUUCUGGCCGAGUACGCCCGCAAGGCCUUGGACUUCACAUGCGCGCCUCGAGAGAGGUCACGAUCCGACUCUGUCAUCAGCCUGCAGGACGCUUUUAUGCAGUGUCCUGCUCAGGACAGCAGCGCUUUAUCGUCCAAUCGUCUGGACUCUUCAACGCCCUCCUCGGCAAGCAGCACGCCCACGCACACCUCCUCCACGAACAGCGGCGACAGAGAGCGGGACCGAGGCUCCGCAGGGAGGAAGCGGUCCUCGCCCGCCAAAUUCCAACCGCCGGAACAGCCCCCGGACCGGAAGGACUGGGUGCCUGACACCAAGCAGCUCGUGUGCAUGGUCUGCCGGCGGGAGAGGUUUACCAUGUUCAACCGGCGGCAUCACUGUCGGCGUUGCGGUCGCCUGGUUUGUCAAGCUUGCUCGGAGCGCAAGAUGGCCGUCGAGGGAUGUCCCGGAGAGGACGUCAGAGUGUGUGACCAGUGUUAUGCCUACUUUCAUCCAGAUUCUGACGACGAACUGGAACCAAGUGAAGCGGCGGCGAUCCCCUCCUUGACGGAGGACGCUCUCGACGGCAUGUUGCACCUCCCCGAGAUUGCCCCCAGACAGAUCAGGCUCUCCAUGGAUCCCGCCGAAAACCAGCAGUUGCGUGACGAGUUCUACUAUGAGCAGGCACCCAGUGCCCACCUGUGCGUGGCCAUCUUGUCCCUGCACGGCGACCAGACGGCGUGCGGCCACCAGCUCAUCGACCACUGCCGCUCACUGUCCCGCAAGCUGACCAACCCGGAGGUGGACGCCUGCCUGCUGACCGAUAUCAUGCGGCAGCUGCUCUUUAGCGCCAAGCUCAUGUUCGUCAAAGUGGGCCGCAACCAGGACCUGGCCUUGUGUGACAGCUACAUCAGCAAAGUUGACGUGCUGAAGAUCCUGGUGGCGGCGAAUUACAAACACAUUCCCUCCCUGGAUGACAUCCUCGAGACGAUAGCCGUCACGCGGCUACGAAACCAGCUCUUGGAAGCAGAGUAUUACCAGCUGGCGGUGGAGGUGUCCACUAAAAGCGGGCUGGACCCCGGCGCCGUGUGGCAAGCGUGGGCCAUGGCCUCCUUGAAGGCCGGCAGCCUGACGGCAGCUCGGGAGAAGUUUGCACGGUGUCUGAAGGCCCCCGUGGACCGCAACCAGAUCAACAUGGGCCCCACGCUGCUGCAGGAGAUUGUCAAGCACCUGGAGACCACCGUCAGACCCGUCACCGCCACGUCUUUGAGCGAGGGCAUCUUGGCGCCGCUGCAGGAGCUGGAGGAGGCCCUCAGCGAGAGGUCCGAAUGCCCGAGGCGCAUCCUCCACCAGGAGUGCCUCUACUACCUGAAUGCGUACGCCACUCACCUGGCGCUGGUCAGCUUCCACAUGCGCCACGACGCCAUGGCGGAGGCCAUCUCGUACCUCCUGAACAAGGAUGCCCCGGAUGAGGUGUUCCUGGAGGGCGUUCUGCAACCGGCCCUGGAACGAGGAUGUCUGGGAAUGCUGCAGGACGUCCUGGAGAAGCUGGACCCAGGCCUGGAGGCGUGCAGCCGCUACCUGAUCGCCUCUUGCCAGUGGCUUCAACGGCGCGGCUACUUCCACACACUCUACCAGAUCCAGCAGUUCAUGAUGGAUCACGUGCGUGCGGCCAUGACCUGCAUCCGCUUCUUCACUCACGGAGCCACUUCUUACCUCUUCCCCCGAGCGCGCUGGUUGGUGCGAGCCAAAGAUCACCUGAGGACGUAUCUGCAAGAGCAGCAAUCUCGUGGCGCUGUCAGGAGGAAAUUGUCCCAAGGAGGCUCCUUCAAGAAGACAAUGUCAUCAAGUGACGUGUCCAGGCACGUGAACACCAUCGAGCUGCAGCUGGAGGUGACCCGCUUCCUGCACCGUCGCGAGACCCCGCCUGCGGCCGGGUCCGGACCCCCGCCUACUUUAUUCGGGGGGAGCCUCGUGAAGGUGGAGGUGGCCUGCAAGGUGAUGCUUGGGGGUAAAAAUAUCGAGGAAGGUUUCGGCAUUGCCUACCGAGUCAUACAAGACUUCCAGCUGCAUGCCCAGACGGUGUAUGUGCGCGCCGGACAGCGUCUGGUCCGCCACAGGAAAUUCGCAGCGGUGCGCCAGCUGCUCAAGUGCGUCAACGAGUCGGGCACGGCCACCAAGAGUGACAGCGACGCUCUGAUCCUCAGCUGCGUGGAGGCGGCCGAUAAAGGAGCGGCCGACGCCAAAGAGCUGGAAAGUCUCAUUCUGGAGACCAAGAGCACGGAAAAUAAGAUCACAGCCUACCUGCUUUGCAACAAGCUGCGUCCGGCCUACCUGCUGGCUGUCAAAAUGGAGGCGAGCAAGGCCGGCCCGUUGGUGCAGAACGUCCUGCGGGCAGCGGAGGCGGCUCAGGACUCUGUGAUGCAAAACAUCUGCCGCCAGUGGCUGCAGGAGCACCAACACCAAGGGAACAGCAAGCAGCGAGCAGGACCGGCACGACCCAACAACCAGGUCAGGUAACGGAAAAUAUCGAACACCUAAUUGAAGAGUACUGACUGUAUUAACUAUAAGAAAAAAAAAUUACACCCACCUAUCUGACCACUGUUACGUAACAACACUGCCUUCCCCAGUCCCCUUGAGUUACUGCUACACAGAAUCGAUCUACCUCAACUAAAAAGGGAAAAAAAUAAUAAAUCCAUCUCACCUUUCCUCAAACAAAUCUCAACAAAUACAAUGUGUGGACACAAGUAUUGGGACACCUACAGGAAGUACAAUGUGAAGGCUUCCUGCAAGAUCCCCAAAAUUCGCUCGGUAGCAAUCCCAGGAAUUUAGGUGAGGGAAAAAGUCAUCUCGAUACCAGUUUUGCCUAUCAGUAUGAAAUUUUGUGGACAUGUUUCUCAUAUCAGAAUGUACAAAGUAGUCUGAAAAUGAACAAGAAGAUAGCCAACUUGGUUUGAAGCAGCCAUUUUAGGGCCAAUUCCAAGCCUCGAAAGUUAGAGA